UGACAUUCACGGGGAAGGGAGGGAGCGCGCGAGCGAAGGAGAGGGGCAGGCUCGCGAGGCCAUGUGAUGCUGGGCGAGAGAGAGCCGCCGCCGCCGCCGAAGCCUCCUGCUUUCCUCCCUCGGAUUUCGGGCUGUCAUGGCGACCCCCAACAACCUGACCCCCACCAACUGCAGCUGGUGGCCCAUCUCGGCGCUGGAGAGCGAUGCUGCGAAGCCGGCAGAGGCCCCCGACGCACCCGAAGCGGCCAGCCACGCCCAUUGGCCCAAGGAGAGCCUGGUUCUGUACCACUGGACCCAGUCCUUCAGCUCGCAGAAGGUGCGGCUGGUGAUCGCCGAGAAGGGCCUGGCGUGUGAGGAGCGGGACGUGAGCCUGCCGCAGAGCGAGCACAAGGAGCCCUGGUUCAUGCGGCUCAACCUGGGCGAGGAGGUGCCCGUCAUCAUCCACCGCGACAACAUCAUCAGCGACUACGACCAGAUCAUCGACUACGUGGAGCGCACGUUCACGGGAGAGCACGUGGUGGCGCUAAUGCCGGAGGCGGGCAGCCCCCAGCACGCGCGGGUGCUGCAGUACCGCGAGCUGCUAGACGCGCUGCCCAUGGACGCCUACACGCAUGGCUGCAUUCUGCACCCCGAGCUCACCACCGACUCCAUGAUCCCCAAGUACGCCACGGCCGAGAUCCGCAGACAUUUAGCCAAUGCCACCACAGACCUCAUGAAAUUAGAUCAUGAAGUGGAGCCCCAGCUAUCUGAGCCCUACCUUUCUAAACAGAAGAAGCUCAUGGCCAAGAUCUUGGAACAUGAUGACGUGAGCUACCUGAAGAAGAUCCUGGGGGAGCUGGCCAUGGUGCUGGACCAGAUAGAGGCUGAGCUGGAGAAGAGGAAGCUUGAGAACGAGGGGCAGAAGUGCGAGCUCUGGCUCUGCGGCUGUGCCUUCACCCUCGCGGAUGUCCUCCUGGGAGCCACCCUGCACCGCCUCAAAUUCCUGGGACUGUCCAAGAAAUACUGGGAAGACGGCAGCCGGCCCAACCUGCAGUCCUUCUUCGAGAGGGUCCAGAAACGCUUUGCCUUCCGGAAAGUUCUGGGUGACAUCCACACCACUCUGCUGUCGGCGGUCAUCCCCAACGCGUUCCGGCUGGUCAAGCGGAAACCGCCAUCUUUCUUUGGGGCGUCCUUCCUCAUGGGCUCCCUGGGAGGGAUGGGCUACUUUGCCUACUGGUACCUCAAGAAAAAAUACAUCUAAAGCCAGGCCCCGGGCUUGGUGUCUGACUGUCGGUGUCUCUGUGCUGUGUGAUUCCCAACGAGCUCUCGGUAACCACCGUCUCGUCUCACGAACACUUGGACAGCCCCCUCCCACCCCUUGUUCGGAAUAAUUCUAUAGUCAGUGUGAAAACAUUCCAUAGUUUAGGAGGAGAUAUUGUCAAUGCCGUGAGUUGAGGCCACGGCUCUACUAAAGGAGAAAAAGAUUGAGUGGGAAAGAGAGAGGAAAAACAAAAACACGAAUGCCUUUUGUUUGUUUUGAUUCAAGGUCUCAAGAUGGAACUGUGGGGACUAGUUGGGAUCUGAGGUGAGUCCCAGGCCAUUUCAUUCACCAGGGCCCAAAUUCUGGGAGGUGCUGGGGGCUCAGAGGGCCUGACCCUCGCCUCCCCUUCCCUCUUGCCCAGGGAACUCUUCCACAGGACAAAGCCGACAUCAAGACUCGACUCUUCUAAGCGGUACUUCCGGGUGGGGCUGGAGACCCAGAGACCCGCAUGGGAGACCCCUGAAGAUCGGCUUAGGGGCUUCAUUCUUCUCCUGGACCUGAACUGAGUCAGCACUGGCUGAAGCCUAGGCCGUGACAUCCAACCAGAGGCUGUAUCUGGACCGAUGCCACAAGCACACCCUCCCAUUCCUCUCUUGAUUUGAGCAGAGCGCUUGGUCUGGCUUUACCAGAAGUUCCUGAAGGCAGCGUCCAUCCCAUCCUCCUCCUCCCACCUGGAGUUGAGUUUUCCCACCAUCUGAGGUGGACUUGCAGUAAAAGCCAUGUUGACCUUCUCUCGAAGUUCAGCCCUGGCCGGAGUGUUGGGUCUGGAGAUGGAUGGGGUCCUUGGGUCCUUCUCCUGCCUCUGCCAAAGCCAUCUCCGUCAACGCCUGCCUCCCCCAUCACUCUCGGGGCUUCCUCCGUGCCCCACCAUGUCUCGCAGGGGGUCUCUGCAUCCACGCUGCCAGCCCCGCGGCGUCUCA